UGUUUUUCCAGGUUUUGAACUGAGAGAAGAGGAAAUUUAACUACACCAACUAGGAAUAGAUUCUCAUCUGUCGGAAUGUUUGCCACACAGGAUACCAUUUUGAAGUUGCUCACUUUGUGUGCUUUGGCACAUUCUAUAAGUGCCUAUGCUCUGCAAGAUCAGGCACCACCAAAUUCUGGUGCAUCGGUUGCCAUAUUGCCCAGUCAAAAGUAUUUGAUUGUGCGUGGCGAAGCAGCAGGAGGAAGCGGUGGAGGUGGAGCAGCAGAUUCAUCCGGAGAACGUGUGGAAUUCAAUAAUGCAGCCACCUUACUGCUUGAGGCAUACAAAGCCCAACAUAUUGACUCCGGUGACAGUUUAUUGGAGGAAUGCAGCGAACCCAAGCAUAAGGCGACUUUCUCUGGUUUCGAUUAUUUCAUAUUGCUAUCCAUGCUGGUCAUCUCUUUGGGCAUUGGCAUAUUCUAUGGCUUCUUCCAGAAGGGUGGCAGCUCUUCGAAUGAAUUUCUAUUGGGCUCUGAGAUGAGCAUCUUUCCAGUAACCCUCAGUUUGACCACAAGUUUCAUAACCGCAAUCGAGCUAUUGGGCAAUCCAUCGGAAAUGUAUUUCCAGGGCACACAAUUUGUAUUGAUUGUGAUACCCAUGGUGAUGGUCAUACCCGUGGCUGUUAAAAUCUUCUAUCCUAUUUACUUCAAAAUGGAAUUGACCAGUUGCUAUGAAUAUCUGGGUAUACGUUUUGGCAAGGAAAUUAGAAUAUUGGGUGCAGUACUCUAUGUCAUACAGAUGUGCUUCUAUACGGCAGUGGCUGUUUUAGCUCCAGCCAUUGCCUUGUCCAAGGCCACUGGAUUGGAUACAAAAAUCGCCGUUGUCUUGAUCUAUGUAGUGUGUGUCUUCUAUUCCUCACAAGGCGGCAUGAAGGCUGUGGUCAUUGCUGAUUCAUUUCAGGCUGCUGUUCUGGCUGUAUCCUUGGUUGUGAUUGUUGGCCUGGGCUCUUUCUAUAGUGGAAGUCCUGUGCAGGUCUUUCAAACCGCUGCCGAACGUUACCGUUUAGAAUUCUUCAACAUGGAUCCCAAUCCGACGACACGACACACCGUUUGGUCUGUGGUUAUUGGUGGAUUCUUCUAUUGGACCUCUCUCUUCUGCACGAAUCAGGCUUCGGUGCAAAAGUGCAUGUCGCUCAAGAGUCUCAAGCUGGCCAAAAUUGCUCUAGGAUUUGCCAUUCUGGGAUUGAUUGGUGUAUUUCUAUUGAAUUUCUAUACUGGCUUAAUGGUCUUCAAUCACUACGCCGACUGUGAUCCCUUGACUGUGGGCCGAAUAACGGCAUCGGAUCAAUUGUUACCCUACUAUGUGAUCAAUACCUAUGAACAUAUUUAUAGCAUAGCUGGAUUGUUUGUGGCUGGCAUUUUCGCAGCCAGUUUGGGAACUGUGGCGUCGGCUUUGAACUCUUUGUCGGCAGUCACCUGCGAGGAUUUACUAGUCAAUGGCAUGAAUAUAAAAAUCUCACCCGAAAAGGGAGCUUUAUAUGCCAAAUGGAUGUCACUGGGCUUUGGUAUUGCCUCAUUUGGUUUGGUUUUCAUUGUGGAGCAUCUGGGUGGUGUUUUACAAGCCACCUUGACUCUAAAUGGCCUAAUUGGUGGUGUCACAUUAGGCCUCUUUGUCUUGGGUAUUGCCUGUAAGCAGGCAAAUACCAAAGGAGCCUUCUAUGGCGGUCUUCUCUCACUGACUCUGGUCAUAUUUGUGGGUGUGGUGGCACAAAUCUCCAAUGUGGACUCUCCACCAUUGCCCACAUCAAUUGAACAUUGUGAUUGUCAUGUGAAUGUGACAAACAAAAUUGAAGAUUUACUUCGUGAGCCAUUGUCACCCACCAACCACCAUGAGGAAGGAGGUUUCACUUCCUGGCCCAUUUUCCGUUUAAGUUACAUGUGGUACAGCAUGAUUGGUUGCCUUUUGACCGUAUUUCUGGGUUGGCUUAUCUCGCUAAUCAUUGAUUUCAUACAACGACGCAAUGUUCUAAAAAUAACGUCAGCCAAGGGCAUUGAUAAUCCCGCCAUUUCCCAGGAAAUCUUCAAGAGUGAGGCACCUGUGCAAUUCACCAGCAAUUUACCAAAGGAGUCAACGAAUGCCGAGGGUCAUGUCAAUCAUGCCAUACGCAUCGACGACGAAUGAGAACCAAAUCCAACCUGAGUGCCGAUAUGCAACGUAUUCCUCUUGUGUAACUGUAACCUCUAUGUACAAAGUCAACAACCUUUUUUUUCGUCUAACUUUUAGUCAAGUCGCAAUAUUGUUUUUUUUUUUUUUUUUUUUUUAGAUUAGUCGAUUGGAGUGAUUUAUAGUUUGUAAGAUCUAUUGACAGUAUUCUCUGUGUACACGGUUUACUUAUUUUAACCAUGAAUGUGAAUUUAUAUACAUAUUGUAUU